UGGGAUGGGUACCUGCGAUGGAAGGACCUAAAAACGUCCGCAGAAGCGUUUCUGAGAAAAAGCCAUUGAAGAUUCCUGCAUUUGGAGAAACACCUCGCUUCUUCAGUGCCCCGCAUGAUCGCUACACUUUUACGGCACCGAUUCCACAAAAUAAAGUGACGACUAUAAUCGGUGAAGGUAAGACAUCAUCCGAAGAUCAUUCCACUACUUCUUUAGAGUCUCUUUUAGAAUGUUCAGAGUUGAUUGAUGAGCAUAAGAGGCGUCAGAUUCAUACUUCAGAAACAGGCGAUAGCUCAUUCUUGGAUGCUUCAUUGUCGACUAAUGAAGUCUCAUCACCAUCUAAUGCAAGUGCAAAGAAUUUUCUCAUUCACGGGUCACCGUCCGUUGAAUCACCAAUAUUUAACACGAGAUCAACUACUGAACACAUCAAAGAUAAAGAGAAUUAUCCGAUUAUCGACCGCUCAAACUCAAGAUUCAACAUCGACUAAAUUAUUGCUGUAAUAGUAACUAUGUAAAGACACACUAGCAGAAUUUCUAUAUUAAAUAAAGAUAUCAAUCAAA